AUGCGCAUUCGAGACUUGGGAUAUUCUCCCGGCCAACUCCAGCCUGGUCCUCAAAAUUCUAUACUUGAUGUUAAAGGAGUCCGAGUUGGGCAAACCACCAUACAUGAGGGUCAAGACAUCCACACGGGGGUCACGGUGAUUUUGCCACGGGGUCCGGAUGAGAUCCGACAGAAACCUUGCUAUGCAGCAAUACAUAAACUAAAUGGAAUGGGGGAAUUGACUGGAGGUCAUCAAAUAGAAGAAUUCGGGAGCUUCAACACGCCAAUUGCGAUAACCAACUCGAUCAGUAUAGGCAAGGUCUAUGAUGCCAUCUAUAGCUGGAUGUUUGACCUCGCAAAACAAAACCAAGAAAGCUUCGAAGAAACCUUUCGAAAUAUCGGAAUCCCUGUAGUCGGUGAGACACUCGACUGUGUUCUCAAUGAUGUAACCAAAUCUGCGGUUGAAAAGUCUCAUGUUUACCAGGCAAUUGAAUCAGCUCUUUCAGACCCGCCGCUGCCGGUGCUUGAGGGCUCCUACGGCGGUGGUACGGGAAUGCGAUGCCAUGGGUACAAAGGUGGCACGGGGACAUCCUCUCGGAUUGUCCCAGGAAGGAGUGACGAUGAGACAUUCACAGUUGGGGUAUUGGUUCAGGCAAAUUAUGGCCAUCAGAGAGAUCUUCAAAUUGGAGGAGUACCUGUCGGACGAAUCCUGUCAGAAAAAAAGCCUACCGAGCCCGUGUCCAGUAAAUUCGGGGAGGGAAGCAUUAUUAUUGUUAUUAUGACGGACGCCCCCCUCCUUCCACACCAGUUACGUCGCGUUGCCCAAAGGGCCACUGCCGGUUUGUCCCAAGUUACUGGGCACGGUGCUGGCAGAACUUAUUCAGGCGACAUUUUUCUAGCCGUCUCAACUGGUAAUAUUCCUGACGAUAGCCUAGACACAGGAUUGCCUGGGUAUCUUCCAACUGUCGAGACCUUCAACAUACAGUCAAUCAAGAACGAAUGCAUUGACAGUUUUUUCUAUGCGGCGGCAGAGGCAACGGAGGAAGCUAUUCUCAAUGCACUGGUUGGGGCUAGAGAUGGGCUUACCGGCUUUAUGGGACAUAGAGCUGAAGGGUUACCUGUUGAUCGUGUCAAGGAAUUGUUGGAAACUUAUCGUGUCAAAAUAUAG